CGGCCGGCAUUGGACUUUGACUCGCUAAACAUCACCACCUGACAUCGCUAACAGUAAAGUUCGCUCUUUGCUGUGUACCUAUCAAUUCUAUAGGAGCAUAUCGACAAAUCCGCAGCCAUGUUCCCGCCAUCGGCAGGGUACAACCUCGAUAUCGAGGCCAUCAGCGGCAUUAUGGGUUCCAUCUCAAUUGCCUGCUGGGUCGUCGUGUUCUCGCCUCAAAUCAUUGAAAAUUUCAGACGUAGCAGCGCUGAAGGUCUGAGCAUAGAAUUUGUGAUCAUAUGGUUGCUUGGAGAUUUCGCCAAUAUCAUUGGUGCUGUCAUGCAAAGAGUUCUUCCUACAAUGAUCAUCCUGGCCAUUUACUACACAUUCGCGGAUAUCGUAUUGCUGGCUCAAUGCUUCUACUACCGCGGAUUCCACUUCAGAGAUCCCAAGCCUGUUAAGCCUUCGGAUGUGGAAGAAGAGACUCCCACCGAGCGCUCCGGACUUCUGUCGACCAACGGUAACGGCACCAAUGAGCUUCCUCGCACUCGCUCAGCAUCGUCUUUCGGCGAGCGCUUCGUCAGCGAUGGUGUUCACAUGUCUCCUGCCAACCCCAUGCAUCCCACUCCCAAGGUGCAGAAGCCGAGAUCCGCCAAGCGCACAAUCAUGCAGAAGCUGCUGUUCAACUUGACCUGCAUUGUCCUCGUUGUUGCAGCUGGUAUUGCUGGCUACUACCUGAGUCCUUCUUCCAACAAUGCUGGCGAGACCGAGGAGCAGCAAAACGACAGUCUGCACUUCAACAUUGUUGGUCAGGUCUUCGGCUACUUGUGUGCUGUGCUCUACCUUGGCAGCCGUGUCCCUCAACUCCUCCUCAACUACCGCCGCAAGAGCACUGAGGGUCUUAACGCUCUCUUCUUCCUUUUCGCCUGCAUUGGUAACUUGACCUACGUUCUCAGUAUUUUCGCUUUCAACCCCAUCUGCCACCACGACAAGCACGGACAGAAGUGCAGACCCGGCGAGGCCAGCGCAAUCUACGGCAGAUAUAUCUUGGUCAACCUCAGCUGGUUGCUCGGCAGCUUGGGCACGCUUUUCUUGGAUUUCGGCGUGUUCGCACAAUUUUUCAUCUACAGAAACAUGGACGAGGAUGAGGAAGAUUUCGAAGACGUCAUCGAGGACAGAGGAAGAUCUAUUGAUUAGGGAUAUGACCAUUUGGAUUGGGCCAAAAAAGGGAGAAGGAAAAGGAGGAACGGAUCAUGAGAUUUGAUAUGAACACGCGUGUAUAGUAAGUAGACAUCAAAAUUUGAUUGGUUGCAAUUUUGACAACCUGACCAAAC